CUGUCUGUCUAUCUCUCUGUCUGUCGUACAAUGGGCGAAUUCUAACGAACACGAUGAUGACGUGAGUGGUGACGCAGUACCUCAACGCUCGUGUUGGCAGCAGAGCAGAGAGCAGAAUUCGAAACCGUGGAACCGGAGGACAAGAGCCGAAUCCAAGAAUCGAAACCGAUUUACCUCAGCAUGGACUAACCAGUCAAGCGUGCUUAUUCUCUGUUCAACUUCUUUUAUUAUAGUUUAUUACAGAUAGUUUGUCCGCUGAACUACAGCUGUUGUUCCCGUGAGAAGAAGAGGAAGUCCGUUCUAAACUUUAGUGUAGUGACUUAACGUUAGUCUUGCAUGAAACAUAGCUCUGUCUGUCUGUCGGUCGGUGUGUAUUGUGAACAAAAUGAGGCGAAUCUCUUUUUGGACGUUUGUCUAAAUAAAGGACAGUUUAUUCUGGGAGUUAGCGGUAUUGUUGAGGGCUAAAUGAGCUAAUCUGUGCUAGCUGGAGGCUAGCAUCGGUUAUCGUGUUCAAACUCAACUGAACUCGCUCCACUGAAGCGAAUUAAUUUAUUGUCAACUCUUUCUGAAAAACCGCGAACUAAACACUCUUUUUCUGAAGCCUUUUCACUGUUGACGGCGUGAACACCGUGAAGAGGCCGCCGGUGGCAGUGGGUGUUUUUUUUUCUUCCUGGUUGUGAGUCUGAACAUGAGCAGAGUGCUGGUUAAGUGAUAACAAGCGGUCUGCAGACUUCACUGGACACUCGCUGGUGGUGAUGGCUCGGAGGAGGCUGGACAGUCGCAGUGGAUCCUCGGCUCUGCUGUCAGAGAUCCACACUCACAUCCACACGGAUGCGCUGGACGCCGUGUUUGACAUGAGCAACGAACUGGGCAGGGGGAAGUUUGCAGUGGUGAAGAGGUGUGUGGAAAAGACCACUGGGAAAGUCUUUGCUGCAAAGUUCAUCAAGAAGCGGCGACGAGGUCGCGACUGCAAGGCGGAGGUCAUUCAUGAGAUCGCUGUUUUAGAGGUGGCAAAGAACAACCCUCGUGUGGUGAACCUGCACGCUGUAUAUGAGACCGAUCACGACCUCGUUCUAAUGCUGGAAUAUGCGGCGGGUGGUGAGAUAUUUGACCACUGUGUGUCAGAGGAGCUGCUGCCUGAAGGUCAGAUAACCCGUCUGAUCAGACAGAUGCUUGAGGGAGUUCACUUACUGCACCAGAGCAGCGUGGUCCACCUGGACCUGAAGCCCCAGAAUAUUCUCCUGACGAAUCUGAGCCCAUUGGGGGAUAUAAAGAUAGUGGAUUUUGGCUUGGCCCGCAGGUUGGGCUCUGCUGGGGAGCUCAGAGAGAUUCUGGGAACCCCUGAGUAUGUUGCCCCUGAGAUCUUGAACUAUGAACCAAUCACCAUGGCAACAGACCUCUGGAGUGUGGGCGUGAUCGCCUAUAUGCUUGUGACAGGAGAGUCUCCUUUCGUUGGCGAGGAUAAACAGGAGACCUUCCUAAACGUAUCCCAGGUGAACGUGGACUACAGCAGAGACGCUUUCUCAAGGGUGUCUGAGCUGGCUGUUGACUUCAUCCAGAAACUGCUGGUCAAAACACCAGAGGAUCGUCCCAGUGCAGCCGAUUGCAUGACCCAUCCUUGGUUGUGGCUCCAUUGUCCAGGUUCUGAUCCGAUCCCCGUGACCCCACGCAUUCCCCGGGAAAGGAGUUUCGGUGGGAAGUGGUCCGCACCACCCGAGGAUCCUGAAGACAAAGAGAACAUUUUGGACUCGCCUCACGGCAAGAGGUUUCGCUUUGAGGAGGACAUGUCAGCCACGGGCGAUGGUGACCACUUAUGCUGAUCCGAAAGGGAAAUGCACAUGCACUGAAUAGCAUUGUCACGUUUUUGGUCCUUUUUGUUGGCCCCCACACAGCACCAGCAAACAUGCUUCUGUCCUAAUGCUGUUUUCACCAUCCUUUGGCCGACCAAAGAUGAUCUUUUCACAAAAGGGCCAAAUCUGGUGUAAUAUUAAUAUUAUAAUAGUGAGAAUCUUAGUAUCUAUGUUGCUGUCCUGUCUCACGAUGCUUUUUCCUGGCGUCUUUGGAUUUUAAAUUAUUAAUUUGAAUAUAUUUCUAUUUUAAUUGCCAUUCAGUAUCGAUUUUAUUUUCUGCUUAUCUUAGCCCAUAUUAAUCUCAACACUAUUUCCAUAACUGCACUUAAGGAAUUUUCCACAAUAAGGUAUUUGAAAAAGACAGAUGCAAGAGAGCGGCAGGGCAUUCAGUGCUUUUUAAUUCUGCUUUCACUGAAGAGAAUCUUUGUUCUUUGUGUCUCAACAUCAGAAAGAGUUUGUAUGAUUAGACUGUGUUGAUUCUGAAACACCUAGUGAGAUGGUCUCCUUUAAAAAGCUUCAGUACAGGAAUGCCCUCGGUGUAUGGGUGCGUGUUUUGUCUUACAUCCUCUUCUUUCUUGUGGUAUUGACACAUUAGUGGGCUCCGUAAAAAUGUGACUCAACUCAAACACGCACAACACACCCUGGAUUACACAAAUAUGUGUUUGUAUCGGUCAUAGAACUUCCUCCUAGAUAAUGACUAAAGAAAAGCAGGAAAGCACUUAAACCCUCUAUUAUAUGUGUUUGUGUCACUAAAAUAUGAGAAAAUAAUUGUGACCGCAUUAGAUUUUGUAAAUCGAAUGUAUCUAUUGAUUUUAAAAUCAUUCUUGUUUUAAAUGUUCCCUUUUUUACUGCCAACAUAUUGUAUAAUAAACUAUUGUUACGCACCAUUCUAGCGUUCCCCCAUGGCAGGCACCUAAUAUGUCAGUGCCUGUGAUGGUCAAUGAUAUACAUAUUCUUGAAAUGACCGUUUUUAUCUAUGCACCAAUCUGAGGUAACAGGGUUUUUGUUACCUUUUUUUUUUGAACAGGUGUUUUUAAGCUAAUGCUAUUAACUGAUGGAGGUUUCAGUACUUGUUCAUUCCGAGCCUUGUUCUCAGGGUUAGCUGUAACUGCAGUUUACCACUAUAUAUUUCUUCAGUGCCUUUGUGUGCAUUUUUUCUUCUAUGCGUACAGCCUGACUUCAUCUUCUGUAAUACCAGUGCAGCACAUUUAUGUGGCUGUAUUAUUAUUAAUGUUUAUCCUGUUUUAAUUGAGAUACUGGUACACACUUUAAACUGAUGGCCUGGUGUAUUUAAAGUAAAUUAUUUGUAUGCUCUUUUGGUUAUGGAAGUAUAUAUUGUAUUCAGUGGGAUUUAGAAAGGAGUGUUAGAGUUAAAGUUGUAUUUAUGGCCUUGGAUUAUGUAGGGCAUGAAAAGAUGGGUUAUCGAAGUUGGCUGUUAUUGUCAAAAUGAUAUGGUUAUGUUCUGAUAGUGAAGCAUGUUUUGUUGUGAUGAAAGUACAGGGUGUGAAUUCUGGAAUGAAGGCAAAUGAAUGUUAGAAUAUUGUGGCGGAAAGUAGAAAGUGUGUAGUAAUGCAACGAAUGAGGGUUAGCAAAAAUACAACUGGAACAGCUUAUGGUUUAUUUGUGUAAUAAUUUGUUGACAGCUUUUCUGAGUGGCUACUAGAACCGGAAAUGUUAGAAUUCAGUCUUCAGGUCGAGCCCUUCGGUUCUUGUUCUCUGUUUAAAGAGGUGUGAAGAGCUCAUGUGUGUUUGCGUGCUAAGGGUCUUACGGUUUCCCAGAGAUGUCACCAGUCUGCAAUCAUAAUAGGGCUAUUGUCUCCUAAGACGAGAGGCUCUUGUCACGGUCGUGUGCUCACUGUAUGCCGUCAUCUUAAAGGAAACUUGAAUCUAUUCCUUGCCUGGGAAACAACCUCAAUAAUGUUUAAAGGGCCAUGAUGUAUUUGAAGCUGGAAUUCAAUCCAGAAUAGCAUUUCUGAGCAGUCACUGUGGUAUUUGCAGAAAGCUUGUGACAAACUUUGUAAGGACACUUAAGGGAUAAACGUUCUUGAUUCUCUUACUAUCUUAGGCAGGAUUAGUGAAAACUGAUAAUGGAAGAUGCUUCAAUUCAUGAUGAAAACUGUGUAUUUUGAGUUAUAUGUACCGGAAUAAAUGAUGUUCAAAUGAUUUACACAAAUUCUAAUAAAGCCAUUGAGUAUAGAGUUGAAAAGGAUGUACCCUUAAUAUAGAUUUUGUAUGUUGUUGAUUUAUGACCCAUAACAAUCAUUUCCAAUUUUGUUUUUAAAAUAAGACAUCCCUCAUGCAAUGUCAUUGAUUUAUUUAUCUAGCCCUGACACAUGUAGACUUGAAUAAAUUAUUAUCUGACACUUUUGUUUUCCUUCUUAAAUUUUCCAUGAC